AUGCCGCUCAGCCGCACUUUGUCCAUGUCCUCGCUGCCGGGACUGGAGGAGUGGGAGGAUGAAUUCGACCUGGAGAACACGGUGCUCUUCGAAGUGGCCUGGGAGGUGGCCAACAAAGUGGGCGGCAUCUACACGGUGCUGCAGACGAAGGCGAAGGUGACGGGAGACGAGUGGGGCGACAACUACUACCUGGUGGGGCCCUACACGGAGCAGGGCGUGAGGACGCAGGUGGAGCUGCUGGAGCCCCCGACGCCGGCUCUGAAGCGGACGCUGGACUCCAUGAACAGCAAGGGCUGCAAGGUGUAUUUUGGGCGCUGGCUGAUCGAAGGGGGCCCCCUGGUGGUACUCCUGGACGUGGGCGCCUCGGCCUGGGCCCUGGAGCGCUGGAAGGGGGAGCUCUGGGACACGUGCAGCAUCGGGGUGCCCUGGUACGACCGGGAGGCCAACGACGCCGUGCUCUUCGGCUUCCUCACCACCUGGUUCCUGGGUGAGUUCCUGGCCCAGAGCGAGGAGAAGCCGCACGUGGUCGCCCACUUCCACGAGUGGCUGGCCGGCGUGGGGCUCUGCCUGUGCCGGGCCCGGCGGCUGCCCGUGGCGACCAUCUUCACCACCCACGCCACGCUGCUGGGGCGCUACCUGUGUGCGGGGGCCGUGGACUUCUACAACAACCUGGAGAACUUCAACGUGGACAAGGAAGCAGGUGACAGGCAGAUCUAUCACCGCUACUGCAUGGAGCGGGCGGCCGCCCACUGCGCCCACGUCUUCGCCACCGUGUCUCAGAUCACCGCCAUCGAGGCCCAGCACCUCCUCAAGAGAAAACCGGAUAUCGUGACGCCCAACGGACUCAACGUGAAGAAGUUCUCCGCCAUGCACGAGUUCCAGAACCUGCACGCGCAGAGCAAGGCGCGGAUCCAGGAGUUUGUGCGGGGCCAUUUCUACGGGCACCUGGAUUUCAACUUGGACAAGACGCUGUACUUCUUUAUCGCCGGCCGCUACGAGUUCUCCAACAAGGGGGCCGACAUCUUCCUGGAGGCCUUGGCCCGGCUCAACUAUCUGCUCAGGGUGAACAACAGCGAGCAGACGGUGGUCGCCUUCUUCAUCAUGCCGGCGCGGACCAACAACUUCAACGUGGAGACCCUCAAGGGCCAGGCCGUGCGCAAGCAGCUCUGGGAUACGGCCAACACGGUGAAGGAGAAAUUCGGCAGGAAGCUUUACGAAUCCCUGCUGGUGGGGAGCCUCCCGGACAUGAACAAGAUGCUGGACAAGGAGGACUUCACCAUGAUGAAGAGAGCCAUCUUCGCCACGCAGCGGCAAUCUUUCCCCCCUGUGUGCACCCACAACAUGCUGGACGACUCCUCAGACCCUAUCCUGACCACCAUUCGCCGAAUUGGCCUCUUCAACAGCAGCGCGGACAGGGUCAAGGUUAUCUUCCACCCGGAGUUCCUGUCCUCCACGAGCCCCCUGCUGCCCGUGGACUAUGAGGAGUUUGUCCGUGGCUGCCACCUGGGUGUCUUCCCCUCCUACUAUGAGCCUUGGGGCUACACGCCGGCCGAGUGCACGGUGAUGGGCAUCCCCAGCAUCUCCACCAACCUCUCCGGCUUCGGCUGCUUCAUGGAGGAGCACAUCGCAGACCCCUCGGCGUACGGCAUCUACAUUCUGGACCGGCGGUUCCGCAGCCUGGACGACUCCUGCUCGCAGCUCACCUCCUUCCUCUACAGCUUCUGCCAGCAGAGCCGGCGGCAGCGCAUCAUCCAGCGGAACCGCACCGAGCGCCUCUCCGACCUGCUGGACUGGAAAUACUUGGGCCGGUACUACAUGUCUGCGCGCCACAUGGCGCUGGCCAAGGCCUUCCCGGAGCACUUCACCUACGAGCCCCACGAGGCGGACACGACCCAGGGCUACCGCUACCCGCGGCCCGCCUCCGUGCCGCCGUCCCCCUCGCUGUCCCGGCACUCGAGCCCGCACCUGAGCGAGGACGAGGAGGACCCGCAGGACCAGCUGCCCAACGAGGAGGGCGACGGCGAGCGCUACGACGAGGAGAGGGAGGCCGCCAAGGACCGGCGCAACAUCCGCGCGCCCGAGUGGCCGCGCCGCGCCAACUGCGCCUCCGGCGGCGGCGGCAAGCGCAACUCGGUGGACACGGCGCCGUCCAGCUCGGCCAGCAGCCCCAGCGAGCCGCUCAGCCCCGCCAGCUCCCUGGGCGAGGAGCGCAACUGA